GGAGUCGCUGCUCGGUUUGAACUGUGGCGCCGGAAGUGAUAUUUUUAUUGUGUAUUUUUACUGUAAUCCUGUAAACGGUUAAAACGACAGUGAUGGCGAUGUCUGCCCGCACCGGGGGAGCGGGAGCGGGAGCCCGAGCCCGUUAAUGGAGGCGGUUCCUAGACGCCUGAAGGGACCACGGGCUAAGCUGCUCAGGUAAGCACGGUCAUACCUUUAAACUGAGAUGACAGCAACUGCACUGCGAAUAGGGGACCAAUUAAUCCUAGAAGAGGAUUAUGAUGAGAAUUAUAUCCCGAAUGAACAAGAAAUCCAAGAGUAUGCUCGCGAGAUAGGAAUUGAUCCUGAAAAUGAACCAGAGCUUAUGUGGUUAGCCAGGGAAGGUAUUGUGGCACCUUUACCCCAAGAAUGGAAACCCUGCCAAGAUGUCACCGGCGAUGUCUAUUACUUUAACUUCGUAUCUGGCCAGUCAACCUGGGAUCAUCCAUGUGAUGAACAAUACCGAAACCUGGUUUCUCUGGAACGUGAGAAACUGCAUGUUCUGGUUGGAAACAAAAAGAAAGAAAAGAAAAAGAAGAAGGAAAAAAAAGAAAAGAAAGAGAAGGAACCAUUUAAAUCUACCGCAGUACUGAGUUUACCACCAGCUCUUGUCCAGGCACCUCCAGGAGGCCUUGCUCCCUUACGUGGCCUUGGGGAGUUCCCAGCAAGUGCACUGUAUGGUUCAUUGGGCAAUACAUCUGGAACUACUGCAGGACUAAUGAAGAGUUCUCUAGGAAGUCCUACAACUUUCAGGAUCCCUAAGACAGGAGGCCUCUCAUCAAGUCUUUUAGGAGAAAAGCAUGAAGGGAAGAUCUCCAUGAACCUGGCAGACUUCAGUGAAGAUGAUGAGGAUCUGAGCGGAGAGAAGAGUGCUCCUGAUACUGCUCAGCUCAUGAAAAACCUGCACAUAGAUGUGGGUACUCUUGGUGAUGGUUUUGAAUAUGAGGAAAGUGCAGAGAUCGAUGAGGAUGCAGAUCAUGAUCAUGUUGAUGAAGGGACUGAACCAGAACUUCAAAACCUCCCAGGGUCUGAUGAAGAAGCAGGAAGCCAGAAAGAGGUGUCGUUUGAGCAAAGCCAGGGAAGAAGUGAGCUCGGAAGUGUGCUUGACUCGGAAAGUCGAGAUGUGCAGCCCCCAACCCCAAAUAAGUUAAACCCUGACAAGGAAGCUGAUGAUGACAGUGACUCUGUUGAUGAAAAACUAGGAGUCCAAGAUAAAAGUGGGAGUGACACAGGAGAUGAUGUCAUUCUAAUGAGAACUAAACAACCAGGUCACCAGGGACAUGCAAUGACAAUUGACGAAGAAGAAAACAAAGAAAUUGGAGCUGAAGAUAGUAGAUGUGACUCUGUGGACAAUUCGUCAAAACUGCCUCCAGUUGGAGAUGAAGAAUUAAAGUCCGAGCAUCAGAAUGGGGGCAACCCCAAAACGAGCUGUGCCACAGAGCAUGCAAUUAUAGAUCGAGAAAUUAAUGCAGGCAGCGGACCAAACGAACGAGACAAAAAAGACCCUGUAAUGCCUAGCAGUGAUCCUGAUGAGUCGGGUAAUCCACCGCAAAAGGAAUCUGAGCCCAGUCAACAACUUAAGGAACUACAAACAUCUGAGGACUUGGAUGAAAGUGAUACAAAUUUUGAUCUCGGGAUCCAAAUUCAAGCAGUGGAAAGACUCCUGGACGUGGAAUCUCUCUUACCUGCAUUGGAUCAACAACUUAAACCUGAGAAGUGUGAGGAUGGAGAUGGCAAGAAGCUAAACCUCGAAGAUGAUGAAAGAAGAAAAAGAGCAGAAGCUGCUGAAAGACGUAUUCAGCAUAAACAGAAGCAAGACCAAGAACAGAAGGGCAAGAGGCAACUGCAGGCACAGGAAUCUGUAGAGGAGCUUCAAAGCACAUUGAGUGAAGAUCUAGAAAAGGAAGAAAGUCAGAUUCUCUGUGAGAGGGAAGAGCAGCUUUGUAAACUUCGAGAUAAGCUCAGGCAAGAAGGGGAAGAGCAAGCACAGCAAAUUUAUCGAGAAAAAGAAGACAAACUCAGGUUACUAAAAGAGCAACUCAGGAUUGAGCAAGAGGAAGAGGAGGCACAUCUGAAAGAGGAGCAGAGUGACAGGCUGCUCAAACUGCAAAUCCAGAUUAAAAAUGAAAUUGAGGCAACAGAGAAAGAAAUUAGGACAGAAAAUGAGGCUACACUGCAACAACUUAGAGACAAACUGAGAUCGCUGCAGGCUACUGAGCAGCAAAACCUGGAGGACAAAAAAAGUGCUCUUCUGGAGCAGAUGAGAAAAGAAACAGAUGAAGUCUUAAAGGAAGAGAAGGUUGUUGUGGAAAAGAAAAAAGAGAAAGCUCUUGAUGAGCUGAGGGAACAGUUAGAAAAAGAAAUGAAGGAGGAACUGGAGGAGCUUAAGAACAAGCACGCUAGUGACAUUCAAAGACUGAAAACAACAGCUGAGGAAAAACAUCAAAAACUACUUUCCAAUCUCCAGAAACAGACGGCUGAAGCCCACAAUAAUGAGGAAGCUCAGCUACAGCGAGAUCUUCAGAAAACAGAGAGGAAAAUGCAACAAAUUGCAGACUAUGAACGAGAGCUGAGUGAUUUGUUGAAAGAAAAACGGGAGGAGGUAGAGAAAGAUCAUGAGUGGAAAAUGGAACAGAUGAAAGAAGAACAUGAGCAAACUGUAGAUAGGAUUAGAGAGGAGUAUGAAGAAGAGGAGCGACAGCAGAGAGGUAGACUCCUGAAGCAGCUGCAGGCAGAACAUGAGCGAUUAACUCAAUUCCAUGAGCGCGAGCUAUCGGAGCUUCGUCGGGAACUGGACCAUCGCCUUGAGGAGUUACGAAAGUUAUACGGAGAGAAAGAAUUAAAAGUUCAGGAGGCUGAGGAACAGCUGGAGAUGAGAGCCAAAGAACUAAAAGCAAAGUCCAAUUUGCUGCAUAACCAGGAAAUGUCAUUGAAACUAAAAAGGGAACAACUUUAUGCAGAAGAGGAUCAGCUGCAAAGGGAACAAGCUGAACUCCUUGCUUCGCGACCGAACAAAUACGAAGUGGAAAAGUCAAAACGUGAGCAUUCCUCAUUGCAGGAUUCAAUCUGGAAGUCCCGCCAGAACUUGAAUAAGCUGCAGGACCAACAGGCGGAACUACAAUUGAAGGUUGACACUCUCAGGAAAGAAAGCCAGCAGCUCCAGAAUAAAAUUAGUGAGUUGGAGAUCACAGUCAAAAAGAAGCAAGAGACCCUAAAGGAAGUGCCUAUAAUCAAUGGCACCUCUGAUGGUGCAGAAGGGAAUGAACUUCACAUUGAAGAUUUAAACUCUCACAUUAAAGCAAUCCCAAAUCGCAGCAGUUCCCCUAUUCCCAGAACUGAGGAUGAGGAAGUCAGCGUGGAUAAUGUAAGGUACUAUAUAUCUGCUGAAGGACUGUCCAUCAAUAAAGCCAAAGAGUUCCUCAUGAGACAGACCCACUCGCUCAGGAAACGGCAGACAGCACUUAAGUCAGCUAAGCAGCAGUGGAGACACGACAUGAGAAAAGCACAAGAAGAUGUGCAAGACCCGGAGAGCACACAAAUCCUGCAGGAUGUCUACAAAAAUCUGGAACAGGAGGCCCAGCAUCUGGAUGAGAUGAAAUUGACAAUGAGGAAAGGGCAGGUGUUACUACGAAAGAAGGAGGAACAGCUUAAUCAGUUGGAAUCAUCUCUCGCUGAAGGGAUUUCAGAUGAAGAUACACCAAAAGGCACAGGGGACAAGAAAGCUGUAACGUUUGACCUUACGGACUCCGAUGACAUUAGCAGCAUCGCCAGCAUUGAUUCACCUCAGCAGAAAACAGACUUAAAGGCUGAGUUGUCCCUUGCUCAACGCACCAACAUACAGUAUCUCAGUGACUCUGUUCAGAAAAUUACCAAUGACCUUAACAGUGUUCUCUGUGUUCUUGGAUCAUUGGGGACGCAACAGUCACCACUUUUUCCCACAACACAGGCAUUCAGUGUUCCACCUCCCAGCAACAGUGUGCCUUUGUCCGUGUACACUUCCUUGACAAGAACUCAGAACAGUGGGUCUUUGCUUUCCUCCAGUGCCAUUCCCUUACCUUCACAGUGGAUUUGGAACAGAGGAAUAAAUGCCACCUCCCACCUUCCCGCAGCUCAAUCAGUGGAUGAUGCACUAAGUGAGAAGUGGCGCAAAUACUUCCCAGGAGAAAUACCAACAUUAAGUAGAAGUUCCACAUCCCUUGAGAGCCGUUUGGGAUAUGUUUCUGCAAGUGACCAGGUAAAAAUGCUACAGAAAUCACAUUCCAAGAUUACACAAGGGGACAGGAACUCUAUUCAAGGAAUGAUCGACGCUAAUAAGAAAUGGCUGGAAAGCUUCAAAAAGGACCCAAAAAUUCCUCUCUUCACGAGAACAAGCAGGACCCCCUCCACGCAAGGUUUAAUUCAGCUUGGAUUGGAUGAAAACAAUCAAAUCAAAGUCUACCACUUUUGAAAAGCUGAGGUUUUCUAAUGGUAGUUUCACUGUAUCUGUUAGAUGGGUGCAGUUAAAUAUUAUUCUGUCUGAUUAUAAACCAGCCCUAAAACCCCUUCUUGCAAAGCACCUAUUUAAUAAACUAUAAUAGUAAUUCAUUUGAAUCUGUUAUAGUUAGCAAUAAAUUAUUUUCUACCCAGCAUUUUUUCUAAAUAACCCAAGUGAUUAUUUAGCAUGUUAUGUACAAAGUACCAAAAACUGUGGUUAUGGGGGUUACCUUGCAUUCUGUCAAAGGUAUAACAGAUUGAAGUGUGCAUAAAAUGCUUUAUUUAUUUUCAAAUGCAUUGAUUUGAUGUUUUCAUUUUGCAUAAUAAUGCAGAGUUAUUGUUGUGUCAUUUAUUGGCCAGAAGACAACCUGGAGCUGGACAUAUAGGAGAGUGUAAGCAUUUGCAGAGGAACUCCUCUUCUCAGGCUAUAUUUUCUUUUGCAAAUCCAAUCCAUGGUUCAUGUCAUAUUCAGAAUGUGAGGUUGCAUAGGUUGCCUCCUGAUGUUACCUGUACAAGACUUUCCCUGGCACUUCAAUACCAAGCAGUUACAAAUGACAGGCCAGUUGUUGCUUGUCUGUUCACGUACAUUUCCCCAAUACAAGGCUGGAAUUCAAUGGUUAUCACUUUUCACUCUCCAUUCCUUUAUCAGACAAGUAUAAGGGCUCUACUUCUGACUGAACAUUGAUAGUCAAGAAAACAAGUGCUUUUGGAGCAUGUAAAGGGCAUUAGCUCUAUCACAUCCCCUCCUUUUAAUCAAUCUCUGCUUCAUCUACCCAUGUUUCAUCAUAUUCUU